AGGGCCCCGGGUUCGCUUCCGCGGCGCGCUCCGGUGACCUGGCGCUCUUCCUCGUGCUCUUCCUCGUCUGCUGUCUCGAGGCUGUCAUCGUCAAGAUCGUCAACGGCGACGCGCGACCUCUGCACAACGCCAACUGGCCGGCGCCGCCACCUGCGCCGCGGCUGCCGCUGGCGUACCAGGGCCACUGAGCUCCAGCUCCGCCUCUAACCUAGUCUCGAUUCGGGCACCAUGGUAGUGUGGGCGCUGCACGACCCUUGCAGGAAGCUGCGGGAGCAGUCAGGGGCCGGCGGCAGAGAAGGCCAGCUCUGCGAGAGGUGCGGAGGUGGCGUCGGAGGCGGCAGCGGGGGCGGCGGUGUGCAGCGAUCGGACGGCGCGCGCUGCGACGACUGCGGACGGCCCGUGUGCGCUGACUGCGCCGCGUGGCGCUGGCGGGCGGCGGACCCCGGCAGCGGCAGCGGAGAGCCCGGCCACUGGCUGUGCGCGCGCUGCCACGCCCACAGGGAGGUGCGGCAGCAGACGGGGGACUGGUGGAAGCAGCAGGCGUCCCGCCGCUUCAGAACCGCGGCCCGCUCCGCGAACAGCGCCGCUAUCGAUGAUGACAAUGGCCUGGGGAUGGAGCCUGAAUCAUUGCAGGUGCGCGAGUUCAUUGAAAAACUCGUAGAGAAGCUGGUACACGGUGGGCUGGAUGACGUGUGUGUUGGCAAACUCCACUCUCACCCAGACUAUGACCGCAUGUUUGCCUGCCACCACGCGAAUCUGUGUGAAGCUCUUGCCAGGCUUUCGUUUGCUUUGCAGAUGGCAAUUGCCAAUAAGCCUUUACCAGAGGAAGACUCACCAACAGCUGCUCAUGCUGCUCUAAAGAAGUUAAUUCAUAAAAUAAUAGGAGAAGCAAUGACUCUUCCACCAAUGCAGCAGGUGGAUGUCAGAAAAGCAGCUAUGCCAGAGAAUUAUUCAACUGAAGAUGAAAUGGCCUUAAAAACCUAUGAAGAUAUAUUAGCAACAGCAAUUUUAAACAAGGUUAUUGAAAAAUACCAGGCUCACAGGUUUCAUAACGGUUCAGCCAUAGAUGGCAACAGCAACAUCCUCAGUUCCAGCUACUCCACAGUUUCCAUGGAGCAACAAACGAAAUACAUAAGUUCUCUGGAGAUAGGAGUAAAGAAGGUCGAUGAUGAAAGUAUUUCAUCAAAAGAUGUUAGUGAAUCUGAUUCAGAUGAAGUACAGUGGAAAAAAUCAGAACUAACAGACCCCUCACUUUCUCUAACUAUAGAGGAACGUAUUGAGGAGGUUACCACUUACAGUAAUUCUGAAUGUGAAGAUGACAAUGGUGACUCUGAUGAGAAAUUAUUUGUACCUGAUUUGAAGUUACUGCAAAGACGAGUACCAUUUCCAGAGUUCGGCAUGGAUAUUGUUGAAGGUGAAGCUACUGGAAAUAAUGAGGAUGGAAAUGAUAACUUUUCUGAUAGUUCAACAGACCACAAGCCAACAGACAUUGUAAGCCCUGUGGAAUCUUGGGAAGAGAACUGGUUGUUCCAGCGUAGGCGCCUAAAGGCUGGUGGAGCGUCAACUCAGAUGCCCGUACCAAUGUUGGUUCCUAACCCAAGUGAGGAAUUCAGAGCCCUAAUUGGGGACAGAGAUGCUGAGGACAUCUCUGACUUAUCAGAGUGCAGUGACAGUGCUUUGGAAGAAACAGUGUUAGCUGGUGUUGAAGAUGAUGAAGACAAACAGCACGAGGAUGCGCAAGUAAUCAGAAAUAAUGUGCAGCUUCCUGUGCUGGCGGAUAUAGGAGAAACGUCUGAUUUUGAUAUACUGAAAGAAGAAAGUAUUGAGAUAAAAUCUCAUGGCAACAACAGCAGUGAAUUACUGAUAAGGAUAACGGGACCUGAAGAUGAAGAAGGGAGUUCUACCCUAGAUGCAGAUUUGGAUAUCAGAGAAGCAACAAACUUGGAGCUAAUGAAAGCAUCAAUCGACUGUUCAUCCGAGUUUGGCCAGAAGGACAGUGAAUAUACAGAAGAUUAUGAUGCUGUAACACGGCGCCAGAUAGAUAGUUUAACAAACCUGAGUGAACCAGAGUCAACCACACCUCCAGUGCCAAAACCAAGAUCAAUGGUGCCAAAUGAUGAGCCUUCGAAUAUAGAUGCAGAGGAACCAUUGGCAGAGUCUGAUGACGCUGUGACUUCUUCUGUAGUGGAUGAGGAGACAUCAGCUCUUGCCGCUCCACCUCGGCCAGGUACAGAAAACUAUGAUGGAAACUGCACGCUUCCUUGCACAGGUACAAUUGCAGAAAGGGAACACAAGAAAUGGGAAACUGCUCCACCAUUGCCAAAUAAUCCAUACUCCCCAGAAAACAUUUCAAAACGACUCAGCAAUAGAAUGAAGCUCUCAAGCAGCCAGAGCAGUAGCAGUGAGGCAUCUGUGGAGUUUCCAGACCUACAAGAUGAGAAUAUGGUGCCACGUCCCAUUGCAGAACCUCUCCAUAUCGUCUGUGCUCCACAAGACCUUGACUUUAAGCGGUACGGGAGAGAUUAUUACGUAAAUUCCAAAACACCAGAGCCUGAAAAAAAAUCACAGCCACCCAGUCGGCACAUGGCAAGAGAACAAACACCAAGAAAUAAUACAUCCCAGGUCAACGACGUUAGCAUUGCUCAAGCUCGUGAACCCAUUUCUGAAACAAAGAAGGCGCUUGAAGCACAGUGUGAGACUAACAACACAGCAAUGGAAACUUCUGUAAGUGUCAAGGAGGAGGCACCUCAUAAUAACACUGAGAAAGUACCAGUAUCAGACAGAAAGAGUUCUGUUAACUAUGAAAGUGAUCCUGAAAUUCCGGCUCCUGGAACAGUGAUAAGUGAAAUUGCUCGCUGGCAGAGUGUCAUCAAUGAAACUGAACAACUCUGGAUGAAAAAUGCAGAGGCUGUAAUGUCAGACAAUUCUAACAACUUACAUAAAAUUGAAAAUGUGAAAAAUGAUAGCAAAAGCAGAAGUAUUAAUACUAAGAAAAGUGAAAUGAAACCAAAAAUUGCAGAAAUUUACCUUCAAGAGAUUAGCAAAACAAAAACAAAAGAAGACCUGAAUGGAAAAACUGUGAAUAAUGUUGAGACAUAUGAAGAUGAUAUAAACAGUUUACGACAGAACAGGAUUGUGAAAACUAAGGUUUCAAGUAUGAAUCGCCAGGAGAGCAGCAACACACACAGUACACAGAAAGAUGUUGGAGAAGCAUACAUACAAGAGAUAAACAGCUUAAGACAAAAUGGAGGCAUUAAGAAUAAAAUUUCAAAUGUAAGUGUUUCAGACAAUAAUAAUAUUAAUGGAACGAGAGGGCUUGAUAACACUGUUGAAGUAAAACAUAAAAUUCAUGAGACAGCAGGGACUUUUGUUCAACACAAUGACAAUACAAAACAGAAUGGAAAUGUUAAAAUGAGAACAGGUGCUCAUAAUUAUCAAAUAAACAUCAGCAGCAACCCGAAAGAAAAUAAAGUGACAUCUGAAACACCACAACAAACUAUCCAAAAUGGACACAGCAAACGAAAUGUUAAACCAGUGCCAAAACCAAGAACAGAAGGAAACAUUGAUAUAGUUCACUUGAAAACAAAUAUCAGUGAGACAGUUUCACAUAUUGAGAUUGUGAACAAAAGUCCAGAAAUAACUGUUAGCACAGCAUCAGAUAACAGUGAAAGCGAUGUAAAUAAUACAUUUAGACAAGCAAUGAAAGAACGACAUUUACAUUCAUCAUGUAAACAAGAUACGAUGUCGGUAACCAGUGAAGGCAGUAUUAAUUCAUCAGAUAGUGAGGUCUACAAUCUCUUGCCAUCAGUGAAACGAUUAGCCAAACAGUUCCAAGGAAUGCAUGAGAGUGACUCAUCAGCUUCUUCAGUCAAGUGCCCAAGCCCUGUGCCGAUGUGGAAUCGAACAGAUGGGAAGCUGAAGACAGCGUCAACUCCAGAGAGACUCACUCCAGAUGCAACCCCUCCUAUGGAGGGCCCCAUGAGUGGAAGACACAACCUAAGCCCAAAUCAUGCAACGCGAGAGGUACACAGCCUGACAGCAAGGAGUAUCUCCAGGGAGUUUCGUGAAGGCCUUAAACGAAACUUGCCCGCGCAGAUGGAUCGAAACUUGUACACUCAUGGACACGAUUCGAGCCAGUCUCCACCGAGAAGCAUUCAGAGGAACAGUGUGAUUAGACAAGAGGAUGACUCAACACCUGGAUACACUUCAGACGACAGCAGCUUCCUCUCAUCCUCACCUCCAAAUGAACUGCAAGUGGAACAGAAGACUAUAUCAGUUUCAAUGCCGUCUCUUAACGAAACGCCUAGGGCAAAGACUUUGCAAUCUAGCAUCGCAUUUUGGGAGCAACUGCAACAUAAAUGAACAUCAAUACUGUGAAAUCCACUCAUCCUACUGACAUUACAAAAGCUUAUACAAUAUGUUUCGCAAACAUAUUUGGGGGACUGAUAACCUUAGCUGUUUAGUCCCCCUUAAACAUCCCAACAACCACCACCACCGCAAACAUAUUGAUUUACUGAGUACCAUUACAUAUGGUAUCUCUUCAUAUCUGAGAUUAUGACACACCUGUAUAAUCAUAAAUAAACUGUCCAUCAGUAUUACUUUUUCUUCGCCAUGUAUACUGAUAGAAAUUACACAGACCACUUAAUUUUCCAAUCACUUCACAUUCUCUGUGUAGUUAAAUAAACGAGUGAAAAAGUGACCAGAUGCUUUAAGCAUAACUAGCCACUCAUUUUCCUUUUAUAGACAAAUCUCUGUGAACUCUGAAAAUCAUAUAUUUUAUUUCUGGAUGAUCUUUCGUUAUUUCACAGUGAUACCUUACCAUUCAAGACUGUUAAUCAAUGAAGUAGUAUAGUUUGUAAGUGCCAAACAGAUAUUAUUGUUUUAUUUCUCAAAGAUUCCAAAGAUUAUGUGCCUUUGUAAACAGGUGUAUUAGUACACAAUGUGUAUAUUAUGUAUAUCAUGUAUUAAUAAUGUACUAAACAAUCAUAUAUGUACAUAUUUUGUAAUGUUUCUAAAUAAAUGAUGUAAAUUACAAUAAAGACAAAAUACAAGUAAAA